ACGAAAUCCAACAAUUUGUGUUGCCACAUUUUUGGUAAAACCUUUGAGAGAAAAAAAUCAUCCUUUAGGUAAAGUAUUUAUGGAGUAAUCCUUUAAUAGAUAACGCUGUUGACUUUUUACAUGAUAUUUCCAUUCGUUAUAUUUAAAAUAAUACAUAAAUUUAUUUAUGUUGUUGUGAAAAGUUUACCAUUAAAGAGACUUUUAAAUAUGAAUUAUAUUUUAGCAUAUUUACAUUAAUUUUGAAUAAAGCAAAUAAUCAAACGUUAUUUCAAGACAACAAAUCAGUUGAUGCUGCCACUUGAGAUUUUAAUCUAGGUAUUUGCUAGAUUUUCGAAUGCCUAAAAUUUUGUAAAUUUUCAGGCAUCAUAAAUCUUACAUUGUUAGUCCUAAAUUUGCAAUGCUAUAUGAUGUGUAAUUUUCAGUUCAUUUUAUCUUCAACUUCUUUGUUAUAUACCGUUUUAGUUUAUUUACUUUAUCAAAGUUUUUUUGCAUGUAAUUUUAUGAAUUUCAUAUUUAGAUUCAUUUUUUUAGUUUCUAUUUAAAAGAGAAGGGACUUUGUUUAUAAAUAAGUAAUAGACGAGUGAUGAUAGCAACCAUUUGAUUGUCAUCCAAAGAAUAAAAAGGUGAUUGAAACUUCUGAAUAUUUCUGUAGCCUGAAAUCAAGAGACACCCUGUAAUAUUUCAUAUGGCCAUCAAAGGUAGCUCAAAUAAACUGGCCAUUUCAGAAAUUAUUGCACUUUUUUUUACUGGUAUGGAAAACAUUUCGUUUCACCUAUCAUGCAUAAUCUCUCAUGUUCUGUUCCAUAAUAUGCACCAUGUCUAACAAAAGAGAAACUAUGCGUGGUAAUGCCAUUAUCUUCUUGAUGGUAAUAUAAGAAAAAAAUUAUCAUUGUUUCUUAAACAUAAUAAUAUAAGAACAAAAUAUUUUUUUUGAAUUUUGUGGAACAAUUAGAGUGGACGGUAAUUGUGGCUUUGCAAAACACAAAAGAAACAAGAAGACAGUUGUACAUCUUGGGCCAGAAUAGACAACAGGGCCCAGCCCAUUGGCGAUUAUCAGCCCAUCUAACAGAGUAGUCAGGUUUUUUCUAUUAAAAUGGAAAAGACGUGGUGCGCUCGAGACGCGGCCGCCAUUGGAGCUGGAGUUCCCCACGCGCACCACCUGUUCGACGAAACGCCUCUGCGUGCUUGGCCGCCAUGGAGGGGCGUUCUUGCAGUUGCACGCAGGAAGGUCAAGACCCCGGCGCACGCUGCCGGGAUGGACUGGAUCAGCGACCUCCCCGACGAAAUCCUCCACCGCAUCAUGUCCUUCCUGAACGCGCGCCAGGCCGUGCAGACGUGCGUGCUGUCGCGGCGCUGGCGCAACCUCUGGCGCACCGUUCCUUGCAUCAACGCCGAUUGCAAAGAGUUCGACUUCUUCGGGUUCCGAAGGAGCGAGGUGGAGUUCAAGAGGUUUGUCAACCGACUGCUGGAGCUCCGCGACCCCAUCGCCAUGAUGGACGCGUUCUGGUUCAGGUACCACAAAUUGGAUACCGACACUACUUCCUCUGCAGACACCAACAGGUGGAUUAGCCAUGCUUUGCAAAAGCAAGCCCGGGUUCUAGAGGCUGUCAUGUACCCCUGCCACCUAUUGGAUCUCGAUCAUUCAAGUUUUACUUCACGCUACCUGAGAAGAAUUGGGUUCUCCGGUGUUCGUUUAGACCAAGGUUUCUUCAAGCAGCUUGAAGCUGGCUGUCCAGCAUUGGAAGAUCUCUUCUUACAUCACUGUACCAUUGAGGAUGACAAAAUAUCAUCCCAGACACUGAAGGUGUUGACCAUCGAUAGAACUUAUUUCUUAAUUGCGAUCAAUGCCACUGAUGUUCAGAAGAAAUCUAUUUCUGCUCCAAGUGUUACUUCUCUGACCAUGUAUAGUCCUGAGGGUUCGUUACAUAUACUAAAGGACAUGACAUCGCUAGUGACUGCAUCAGUUUCAUUUAGUGAAUUCAGAGUUCAUUUUGAUGCUAAUGAUUUCUACCAGUAUCUAUGGAGCCUUUCUGGUGUUACAAAUUUGGAGUUCAAUUAUCAGGGUCCAAAGCUGAAAAUCGAAAACAAUUUGCAAUGGUGUCCUGAAUUCGUCAAUGUUGUCAACCUGACUCUCGGCAAAUGGUGCCUCGAUGCAAACUUCUAUGCACUAACUGUCUUCCUUCAGAACUCACCAAAACUACAGAAGCUAACUCUGAAACUCGCAAAGUGUACUUCGGAAAUACACCAAAGAAUCAUUGGUGAGCUUACAGAAAGAUCAUUUACAUGUGAGCACCUUAAGAUUAUCGAAGUGAUAUGCUUGGAAAAUGAUCCCCAGGUCAUCCGUGUGAAAGAUUUCUUUGCUAGUAGUGGCAUAACCUCUGUUCAGUUUCAUAUCAAACACUGGAGCCAGCUAAAAGAGGAUAAGUUACCGGCGUUUACCCGCAUUCCUAUUCCGUCCCAUUGAAAUCACUCUCUUUCGGCUUACUUGGCUGGUUGAGUUCUAAGGCACGUCGACAUAUUUACUGGUCUGGUUUGAUCCUCUCUGCUGUGAUGUGGGUACAAACAAUCUUGUCUCGUUGCAUGUAUAAGUAAGUAUAGUUUUUUUUUUGGGGGGAAACACAAAUUCAGUCGUUAGCCUAAAAUGUUCCUCCAUGAACUAGGACUGUAUAUGGUAUCAUAUUUGAGUACUAUAUAUAUGAUUUGCAUGUUGCAAUCCCAUGACAUGCUUUCACUUGUA